CAUUAGCACAAGUGCUGUUACAAGUGCCGUCAUAGGUAUACGUAUUCAUCGAGUAGGUAUCGAAGAUUCAGUAACAGAUAAUAAAUUGAACACAAAGGUUCAAAGGUUGAACACCUAAGACCUAUCUCAUCUUACCUAAAGACAGGAAGGUUUUGUGAGAAAGUGUAUUUUGAUACCAUGGCUGAGGAAAACAUUUCGAUCUUUCUGGUCCUCUUCGUGACUUUGUUGGCKACAGUCCUCAUCUUAUCGAAGUACCUACAUGAGUCUAAGCACAUAUCUUCGGUCGUGCCUGAAGCGGCGAUGGUGAUUGCUGUUGGAAUGGUAGCUGGUUAUCUAAUUCAUAUAGUAUUGGGGAAGCGCUUAGCAAACGCCAACAACUACAAUGUUUAUAACAACAACGAUAACAACAACGACGACGACCAACAACAACAACAACAAUCAGUAGACUACGAUUUGGCUGCUUUGCUCUCUUUCAAUCCGGAAUUUUUCUUUAUUUUUUUGCUGCCACCGAUUAUUUUCAACACCGGGCUGCGCAUGGGYCCUCUCUUCUUCCGGCACAUAACACCUAUAAUAAUGUUUGCCAUCGUGGGAACGGCAAUCAGUGCUAUUGCUACMGCAUUAAUCUUGUACGGAUUUGUACAGAUGGGACUCUCCGGAGGAUUUGAGCCGASUUUGGCAGAGUURUUGACUUUUGGAGCAUUGAUCUCUUCUACUGAUCCCGUCAGUACGCUGGCCGUGUUUCAAGUCAAACGUGUAGAUCCUCGCCUGUUCUACUUGUGCUUCGGAGAAUCAGUUUUGAAUGACGCCUUGGCCAUCGUCUUGUUUUAUUCUUUCGGAAAGUUUGUCUCGAUCAACAACGAAGAGAACGACAUCGUCGCAGCCCUCAAAAAGUUCUUCAUCGAUUUGUUUACGAAUUUUGUCGGAUCKUCGGUUUUGGGAACUUUCGGUGGAUGCUGUGCGGCCUUUUUAUUCAAACAGAUCGACAUGAGACAAAACCGCCUCGUCGAAAUUUCUGUUUACGUGUUGCUUGUAUACAUUCCCUUUUUGAUCUCGGAAAUCCUUCAUUUGUCAGGAAUUGUGACCAUUCUUUUCACGGGUGUUGCAGCAAAUCGAUAUAUUGUUCCGAAUCUUUCCGCUAUCACAAAAGUAAAUUCAGAYAUGGUCUUCCGAUUGGGGGCGCAUUUGGCCGAAACAGCGAUCUUUUUGGAAUUAGGACUUUCAGUUUUCGGGAUGGUAGGAUAUUGGAAUUGGGUAUUCAUYGGUUGUGCGACACUCGCCUGUUUGAUUGCGAGGGCAUUGAACRUCUAUCCUCUCGCUUUCAUCUUCAAUAGGAUGCUGAUUCUGAAAGACAUGAUGCCAUCUCCAACCCGCGGGUGGUCGGACUAUAGCUCGACAAAGCACCCUACGAUGAAUAAUGGAACUAAGGAAGGUAUCGGACAGCAGCAGGUAGUGACCCCCACUACAACAAACUCCUCUGGCGGGCCUGAUAUGAUUUGGGGAGAGAGAGGAAGAAAUUCUCGGAAAACUCAACACGCUACUUUCGAAAAUCAAAACUUUUCCCGCCAUGCUAAUACAGAACACAAUGCGUACCAUAAUGCAUCACCGCAACGAAAUGCAAGCGCUGAAUUAGGUUUUCGAACACAAUCGUUUUCCGAUCAAUCAGUUGCCACCGAGGUAACAGCUACACCUUGGGAAAGCAAAGACUUAAAAAUUCGAGGGAAUACCACCCAUAUGCUCUGGUUCUGCGGACUUCGUGGAGCUGUAGCCUACGCUUGCGUCCGUACUUUUCCCGAUGACUUGGGUCACCGGAAUGAAUUCGCCAUGACAACCAUGGCAAUUAUAUUGAUCACAGUUUUUGUACUGGGACUCACGACAGAGUGUGCUCUGAGCUGGUUUGACAUUGAUGUGGGUGUAGACGAGAAAAAAUACAUGCAGUCUUAUUUGAGAGAACCAAUAGCAUCUAAUGCUUUGCUGAAUUUAGAGCGACGGCUUGUYAAGCGGUGUGUGAUCCGAGACUUCGAUAUCAUGGAAAGCAUUCGAAGAGACAUCCACCGACAUCAUGAACAUGGUUCGUCACCAACUAUGGUGAUACGAGACCGCAGGGCUUGCGCUCRGAGUAUCGAGGCUAUUGAAAUGACAGAGUCGGGUUAUUUGAGUGCUGUUUCAGAUGAUGAUAUGACAAUAGAGAAACUUGUACGAACUGACUCCUUGUUUGAUUAYGGAGGAUAUUAGCAAGAAAAGGAAAUGAAACACAUGAUAGAUU